UAUAGGACGGGGCGGCGGGGCUGGGAGUCAGCAGGUGUCUCCGCUCCUCCGGUGCUGGUCUUCUGCACGCAUCUCCAGCAUCGGCUGCCCCAGGUGGAUCAGCAUGCGCGCCCUCUUGGCCAUCCUGUGCCAGCUGGCGACGCUGACGAUCGCUCAGGACCGUGAGUAUAAGAUCUGGGAUGCCAGCUACGGCAACCUCAUCUGCUUCAGCUGCUCGCUGGACUUCCGCUGGAAGCGCUUCAACGGACGCGAUCCCUGCUUAGGGCUGUACGAGCCGCUGAACAAAACCAACCUGGUGCGCUGCGGGCAGAACGAGAUCUUCUGCAAGGAGGACUUUCUGACGGGCAACGGGGUACUGUGGACCGUGCACCGCCAGUGCACGGCCAUCUGCUACGCCGGGUGCCGCCCGCGCGGGUUCGGCAUCACCCACACCACCUGCACGCGCUGCUGCACCAAGCACGGCUGCAACUCCAGCCCGCCCGACCAGCUAGGCAGCGGUUACCAAUCCAAGAAGCGCAACUAGCGGCGACGCCGCACCGUUGUCGCCGCUGCGGUCUUGCGAAAAUGUUUGUGUGGGUUCCCGGUAGGUUUUGCGAGGUUUCUGCGCGUUUGCGAGGCGUCGUUGUUUUUGGGGAAGGUUGAACCCGGCCUUACAUGGGCGGUUAUGCGCCAACGCAGGUUUUGCCGCUGUUGUAUGCGCCAUUGUUUCGGAGUUUUCCAUUGGCACGUGCGAUGCUCGAGCGGUGCGCCGCCGAUGUGCGGUCGUUGCUCUCUGACAGCUGUCGCUCCGGGCCGGCGACAGCGCGACUGGCUGGUGCUUCAAUGUGUGGACUCAGCAAAACUCUGACCAAACUUAAAGUCGGUGAUUAUCGACCCGGAAACGCCCAGCGGAUGUCUGAAUCGACCCGGAAACACCCAGCGAAUGUCUGAAUCGACCCGGAAACAUUCAGCGGAUGCCUGAAGCGUGGGCGUGCUCGUGAAAAUCGUCGGAAGACACAAUGCUGGACGCAGUGGUUGGGACCAGAUGUGUCGAGCAUGGCAAAGGCUGACCGCAGACGCUGUGAACGCGUGUUUUGUCAGGUCACGCGCUGCGACUGGCAGGCGGACAUGCGGGUGGAACAAGGACAUGUCUAAACAAGUCGUGCUGAGACAUGCGAACUGGGGUCAUAUCGUUGUUGUUGGCCGUACCUGGACCGGACGCAAAUUGUCUGCACGUGACGCAGGAGCAUGACGUCCAGCCUGACAUCAUGACUCAUGACGUUGAGCUUGACAUCGUGACUUAUGGCGUCGAGCUUGGCAUCAUAACUCAUGGCGUGAAGCCAGCACUGUCAAGAGAUGGCGGUGUUUUGGAGAAGGACGUUUAAUAUUCCUGUACUGUUUAUAAAUAU